AACAAAUAAUUGUCUUAACCUUUCUGUCAAACUUAUUCGAAUUGAACUGUUUAAAAUCAUUAAAAUUUCGCGUGUAAUUACAAUCAUUUGAAUAGCAUGUCCUCACAAAGGUACAAAUCCUCUGAACCAGCAUUGUGCGAAGUAUACAACAAUCGCAUGAUGAAACAGGAGAAGAGGUUCGAAACGUCAAGAAAAAUUUCGCCUGCUCUUCCAAAACAGACCAACACGUUAAGAGCCACCAGCCCGAAUUCCAACAACUCAAUGCCCUUGAAGAAAACCACCAAACACCACGCCACCAGCCCACCAACUAAACACAUCUCUCGAUUGGAAGAACCGGAUCUGAAAUCCAAGAUGAAGUCUGUCAAGAAGUCAAACAAUGAAACCUGGGCCAACUGCUUAAAAAACAAUAAAACCAAAGAUCCAUAUGGGUUCAAUAAGUAUGAUCCCUUGAGAUUGGUGCAUUUUUUGACUAAGGAACUGAAGAGUCAUGUGCAAAAUAUUUUGCCCGAAGAUGAUUGUACUCGAGAUAUGUUGGGGCAAUUAGAAACUGCACUUAAUAGAGUUCCACCUGAAGUUGCUACAGCUAUACAUUUACAACAAGCCAUUGAAUUUUUACCCAGAUCUAAAAGUCAUUCUUCUAUUAAUGAUGAAAAACCUGAAAAAUUAGAAAAAUCAAAAAAGUUGCAGUGCAAAUCUAUUCAAACUUUAACUGACAAGGAGGAUGAUAAUUUACACAAAAUGAUGGUAGAAAAUACUGAAAAGUUGGAAGCACAAAUUAAACUGUUAGAAGAGACAGUAGAAAAGCUGAAGCAGGAAAAUGAACAGAAAAAGAACAAACUUGCUGUUGAGAAAGACAAUGUAGCAUAUUAUAAGGGUCGUCUUGAAGAACUAGAGAAAAAUCAUGCCGAAACGGUCAACGUUAAAAUCUACAAAAUGGAGGAAGAGAAGUCCACGCUGGAGACCCAAAUCAGCCAGCUAAAACUUCAACUGGCCGACGUGUCGAAGCCGCGCGAAGAACUGCGCGUCCUCAUCAAAGAAAUGAAGAAAAACAAGAGCGACACCGACGCGGAGCUAAUGAAGCUACGGCACCAGUUGAAGCUGAGCGAGAUAGAGAAGGAGAAGUACAUGGCCGUGCUGGCCGUUCGGGACAGGCAGAUAAACGAAAUCAGAAACGAGAUGUCGCAGCUCCAGGAGGUCGUGAACGAGCAGUUGAUGGAGUUGCACAGCAACGCAUUUUCCAAUCUACCUUCGCAAACGUGUAGUGAUAGUGAUAUAAUAUCAGAAUCAAAAGAAACUGGUGAUAGUUUACCAUCUCCAAUCACCAGAGGCAAUCCGCGCUAUAAACGCCAAGAAGAAAUGUUCAAAAAUAUGCCGGAAGGUGACAUAACAGACCGUGAUAAGAUCUUUGAAAAUUUGAUAGACUUAGAAAACGAAAUUGAUCACGUUAAACCUAAAGAUAAAAUUGAUAGUGAGAAACCCCCUCUGUAUGAAGCAACUAACUCUCAAGUCAGUAUUAAGGAUGUUUUGACGGAGCUGAAAAGGCAGGUCUAUUCUGUGAGUGGACAAUCUAUGAGCUCAUGAUUAUUUAGCUCUAAAUUUCACGCAAUCGUUCCAGAAUCUCCGUGCUCAAUGUAUAUUUCUAUGACUUGUAUUUUGUAUAUAUUUAUUAUUGUGAUCUUUAGUUGUAAACUAUGUAAUUAAUUAAAUUAUUGUGACAUUUCUUUAUAUUAAUAUACCUUUUAUACAAAUUGUA